AUGGCAAAAGAGGAGGACAAGUAUAUCAUUGGAGGCAAUCGGGGCCUCCUUUACCCAGGACCCGAUGACCUUGCAAAGCUCGAACAGAUUGAGUCGUCCACGAGGUCAGCUACCAGGAAGGACAAGUUCCGUCGACAUUGCAGACGGUUCUGGCUUUGCUACUUUAUCGGCAAUGUCAUCUUUUUAGCUAUUUUCUUGCCUGUUUUCUUCCUAGUUGCUAUCCCAGCCAUCGCCCAACUUGUUGUCAACAAAUCCAACCUGGUAGUGGUCAAUGCAGAGGUGAUGCAACCAACACCAGACACGGUACAGAUGACUCUAGCAGCAAAAGUGGAUUUGAAAAUUGCACUUGGUGUUCGCAUAGAGCCCGUCAAAUUCUACACAUUUGUUCGUAAAUACGGCCACGAAAACGCUUGGGGAGCAAUUGAUAUCCCUGGUCAAACGAUCAAAGGGAACUAUACUUUGGGAGUCAACAAACAACAUACGCCAAUCCUUAACUCGACUACCUGGCAGGCCUUUGUUCACGACACUGUCUUCAAAAAGGAGACAACCUUGUCACUUUAUGGUGUCACAUAUGGAUAUUUGGGGGUCUUGAAAAAUCACAUUACUAUGGACAAAGAAGUAGUUAUACCAUCUUUAAACAAAUUUGACGGAUUAUCUAUUGCGGAUAGUACACUCAUCCUACCAGCACAAGACGACGGAACCAAUCUGAUCGCCAAUCUGACUCUCCCAAAUCCAACCGCCCUCUCCUUCGAAGUCGGCACCAUCACACUCGACCUCAAAAGUGGAGAUACAGACCUCAUCAUCGGCAAUGCAACUGUCGACAAUGUGACCCUCCGACCCGGAAACAACACAUUCCCACUCAAAGGCGUCCUCGACCUCAAAACAGUAAUAUCAAACCUAACAGAAGUGAUCAGUUCCCAAAGCUCGUCACUCAAGAACGGGAACCUAGCCCUAACAGCAAUGACGCGGACCAUCGUUUCAAACGGCACACUAAUUCCAUACUACACCAACGUCCUCAGCCAGCUACCCCUAGUAGCAAACGUGGGAAUCGCCGACGUCCUCAGAAACACACUGGCCUACCUAGGCUCCAACGACAAUCUGAACCUGACCGGUGCGCUUUCAGGCAUCACCGACAAUAUUCGGAGGCGCGCACUGAACGGGCCGGUUGGCAACGGUAACGCUGUUAACCGGAUUGCAAGUCUGAAACAGAAUAAGCAUGUUCAGAAGGUCUUUGAGGAUGAGGAUGAUGAUAAGCGAGACGCGAUGAUAGAUUCGUUGGCGAGAUAUUAUGCUUCUUUAUGA